AUGAGUUUUUUUCAGAAACGCCACCCGGUGCUCACUGCCAAGCUGGUAUUCGAUGAUCAUAUUCGGUGUAUGGCUGCCAAGCAGAGAUUGACGAAAGGUCGCCAAACCGCCCGUGGUCUAAAACUGCAAGCGAUUUGCUCCGCCCUCGGAGUCCCGCGUAUCGAUCCGACCACAAUGACGUCAUCACCACGUAUGAAUCCAUUUCGAAUCGUCAAAGGAUGUGCACCGGGAAGUGUCCGAAAGACAGUAUCCACGUCAUCUGGAUCCUCGGCUUCUUCUUCAAAUCGUCCAGGAUAUUAUUCGGCUAAUUUAAGAUCUUCGGUCUCCAGGAAUUCACCGGUUCCUGGGGUACCUGAAGACCCGACUCAACCCGGAACGUCUGGACGCAGAAAUUAG